AUGGGUAUAAAACCUGCAAUUGGCAGAAAAUCUAACAAGAACCCCCCCGUUUUUAGUCACGAAUUUGUGAUACAAAAUCAUGCCGAUAUUGUAUCAUGCGUUGUUAUGGUGUUUUUAGUGGGACUUAUGGUCCAGUCAACAAGCCCAAUUGCUAGUUUAUUCAUUGGACUCCACCACAACGUUACUGGAGUGGAACCAACUCGCGACGUUCCGAAAGGUGAACCUUUCACAUAUGAAGCUGGUUGGAAAGAUGCGGGCGCUGUAUUUUUUUACUCCCUCGUCUGCAUUGUAUUCCAUGCAAUUAUUCAAGAGUACUUCUUAGAUAAAAUUUCAAAGAAGUUCCACUUGUCCAAAUCAAGACUGAGUGCUCUCAAUGAGUCUGGGCAGCUGAUUGUGUUCCAACUGAUGACUCUACUUUGGGGUGGAGAUGCUAUACUCCGUGAUGGUUUCAUAUUCAAUAUCUCACAGCUGUGGGAUGGAUACCCCAACCACCCAAUGAGUUUCCUCCUCAAGCUGUGGUGGGUUGUCCAAGCUGCGUACUGGAUCCACACAGUUCCAGAACUAUACUUCCAACGAAUCAAGAAAGACGAGAUGUCAAGUCGUCUCAUACAAGCCUCUGUGGCUUUCACCUUCAUAGUUGCCGCUUACUGCUUCAGAUUCCAGCGUGUAGGAGUUUGUCUGGUGGUGCUUCAUGCUCUGUCUGAAUUCAUAGCUCAUGCCCACCGUUUGAACAAUAUACUCAGGGGUGAAAAAGAGGAUUACUUUAACAAAUUGCUCAGCUUGUUGAAUGGAGUUUUGUUUGUGUCCGUCCGUCUAUGUUCCCUAGUACUUGGUGUACUAACUUUCUACUUUGGUCUCGCUGGUGUCGCACCACUGCUUCUCCGUGUUGGUGCUCUAUCUGUACUAGUUUCAUUCCAGGUUUACCUGAUGUUCAACUUCAUAUCUGAAGCUAUUAAGAGGCGACAGGAAUCCGCUCAAUUGGCCCAAACCAGGCCAAAGAAGGAAAGGAAAGAGAAGCCUAAGAAAGAGAAAGCAAAGAAAGUGCAAAGUGAAGAAUCUGAUCUACCCGAAGUUGAUCAGAACACAAACAAGGCUCUCCGACAGAGACAGACUGCUGUGAAGGCAAAAUAA